UUUGACACUUCAAUCAAAUAUCCGUGUGUUGAAUUGUUUGGUAAACGUUGUUUCAUUGAAUUUACAGAAAAAUCAGCGAAAAGAUGCGAUAUGCUCAAUUGGUGAUGGGUCCGGCUGGCUCUGGAAAGUCAACGUACUGUGCGAAUAUCCAACGACAUGCUGCUGAUGAAAAGCGCGUAAUAGAUGUGGUAAAUUUGGAUCCAGCCGCUGAACACUUUGAUUAUCAACCAAUGAUCGAUAUUCGUGACCUAAUCCACUUGGACGAUGCGAUGUCGGAUGAAGAGUUGCACUUUGGACCGAACGGUGGUUUGGUAUUUUGUAUUGAAUAUUUGCUCGAAAAUCAAGAAUGGUUCAAACAACAACUAUGCGGUAGUGGCGAUGUAGAAGAUCCAUUGGACUCCGAUCCAGACGAUGAUUACAUUCUAUUCGAUUUGCCCGGUCAAAUUGAACUGUACACCCAUUUAAACGUUGGCCGUCAAUUGGUCGAAUUGCUUACAUCGUGGAACUUUCGGGUGGCAAGUGUUUUUAUGCUUGAUUCACAAUUCAUGAUUGAUGGUGCGAAAUUUUUAUCCGGCACAAUGACCGCAUUAAGUGUUAUGGUCAAUAUGGAAUUGCCGCACAUAAAUGUAUUAAGUAAGAUGGAUUUGUUGAGUAAGUCGGCCCGAGGUCAAUUGGAUAAGUAUUUGGAACCAGAUGCACGGGCAUUACUUGGCCAAGUCACAAAUGAAUCGGCAUGGGGACGAAAAUAUCGUAAAUUAUCCGAAGCCAUUGGAAAUUUGAUUGAAGAUUUUAGCUUGGUUCGAUUCACACCAUUAAAUUUAAAUGAUGAAGAAAGCAUCGCCGAUUUACUUUUGAUCAUUGAUAACGUUAUUCAGUAUGGCGAAGAUGCCGAUGUUAAACAAUGCGAUUUUGAAGAACCCGAUCCGGACGAAGCUAAUGACGGUGACCCAUCAAAUGAUUAUGGUCAAUUGUAGAUUUAUUGCUAGUUCUUAAGAUACAACAUAGAACCAUCGAGCGUUCCAAGAUUAAUUCUCCAAAAUUUUAAGAUUUUUUAUGUACAAAAAAAAUAAAACAUAAUGGCAAAAUAAAAACAAAACAA